AUGCAGUUCUCCAAGAUCGUCAUGACCAGCCUCCUGGGCCUCGCCCUCGGCAGCCCGUUCGAAAGGCGCACGCCCGCCAAGAUCAAGGCCGACAUCGCCACCGUCAGCUCGGACCUGACCUCCUUCAACACCGCCAUCAACGCCUUCACCGGCUCCCUGAUCCAGGCGCUCUCCCUGCUGACCAGCUACAACAACCUGGCCUCGGCCAUCACCGCCGCCACCGCCGAGGUCACCUCCACCGGCGCCAUCGCCGCCGCCGACUCGGCCACCAUCUACGCCGACGUGCAGAGCCUCACUGCCCAGAUCACUGACACGCUGGGCGAUGCUACUGCCAAGGAAUCUGUUGUCGCGUCUUCCGGAUUCACGAGCGCCGUCUGCUCGGCCUUGUCAACUUUGUCCUCCGACGCGAAGGCAUUCUUUACCGCCCUCGAAGGCACCAUCGACUCUGCCUACACGAGCCAGGUCGACGCUCUCCAGGCUACAGUCGCCUCUGGCUUUACGAGCACGAUUUCUGCCUACGGAUGUUGA